UAACUGGACUUAUGGUCCUAGUCCAGUCAAAAAUAACUGGACUUAUAAAGGUGACCAACACUGACCGUAAUAAUAUCAUUACGAUAGAUUGUAUAGUAAUACCAGUUAUAUACUUCCCAUCUCUCCCUUUCAAAAAGUCUUUUUUACAUGUACCGUAUACAGAAUAUAUUAUGGAAGGAGACCUCAAGAAGCGAAAGAUAACUCCUUGUUGCCCUCUAAGCAAUUCUGUGUUCGUAGGAGGUCAAUUAACCGGCAAAAGCAGUCAAGAGAUAAAAGAUUUCAUCACAACCAAAUUUUCAGUAGAUGUAUCUCACGUCCUCAAAACACUAAAUAAUCCGUAUGGACAUGCACAUUUUAAAACUGAGAAUGAUGCCGGGAUUUUUUACCAACGU